AUGGACCGGAUCAGGAAGGCGCGUACUCCCGUCAGAGCAAGCAUCACGAAGGUAGUGAACGAGCUGGACGCAGAGAGGACCAAGGCCGCACCGGACAAAGAUACGCUCGAAAUCAAAUUAAUCAAAUUGAAUAAGCUAGUGGAGGAGGUGGAGGAGCUAGACCAGAAGAUGAAAGAUCAACAUCUGGACGGGAAUCUUGACGACAAAGAAUAUGCAGCGGAACUUACCACAGUAGAAGAUUACUACGACAAAGUGUUAGUUAUUCGGCAUAAAGUGAACAAGAUCAUUUUCCCCUCAAGCCUCAGUCCAUCCACGCGCAGUUCGGAUUCAAGUGACAACCACAAGAAGAAUUACAAGUUACCAAAGAUAGAGCUGAUCAAAUUCGAUGGUGAACUAAAAAAUUGGCUUGAGUGGUGGGCACAAUUCGAGAAAAUUCAUGUGGAUUCGGACUUACACACCACAGACAAGUUUCACUAUCUGACCCAAUCAAUGGUGAGUGGGACUCGUGCUGCCGAUGUUGUGAAGAGUUAUCCAAAAACUGAAGAGAAUUACCAAAAUGCUGUGGAUGCUCUCAGGGAGCGCUUUGGCAAAGAAGACUUGCUGGUGGAUUUGUAUGCAAGAGAGUUAGUGGAUAUCUUAACAAAGCGAGAGAAGUUACCAUUAUCAAAAUUGUAUGACAGUCUGCAGACACAGUUACAGGCCUUGGCAUCGUUGGGAGUUAGGUCAGAGAGGGACACAUUGUUCUUGCGACCCAUGAUCGAGACGUGUGUUCCGAAAGAAAUCUUGACAGCUUGGUACCGCUCAACAUUGUAUGAUGAAGAUUUAUCUACUUCUGAUCCUCCGAAAACCAAGUUGGAUAAUCUGAUGCAGUUCCUCCGUCAAGAAGUCGAGCGAGAAGGAAAACUGAAGAUGGUUUACGGGCAGAAGGACAGAAGCAAGGACUUCAAGAAAAAGGAUUCACUGUACGGAGAUGCGCACCAAGAGGACGUCGCUACCGCUGCUGGUCUAUCGUCAACAAGUAAAAUUGGAUGCGUAUUCUGCGACAAGAUUAAUCACAUGAGUCAAGAUUGUUUCAAGGCACGGACCAUGACCAUGGAGCAGAGAAAUGAUAAGCUCAAAGAGAAGAAAGUCUGUUUCCGGUGCUUGAAAUCUGGACAUAUUUCAAAGAAAUGUAGUGCAACUGUGAAAUGUGGUGGUUGUGGGAAUAGGCAUCAUCUCAUCAUGUGUCGUGGAGGUGACAAGACUGAACGUCAGCCUGAGCAACCAGAUAGCUCCGUCGUCCGUCAUAAUAAUUUUGCAAGAAGCAACGAUGUGCUCCUGAAAGUUGUGGUGGUGCGGGCGAUGGGCGCAAGAGGAUCUCGAACUGUGAGAAUGUUGAUUGACGAAGGAAGUCAAGUCAGCUACGUCGGAACGAAGACAGUGAAGGUUACCGGCUCAAAGUCGACUGGUGUCGAACAUGUCAGAAAUAUGCUGCUCGGCGGAUACGUGACAGAUCUCCAUGAAGAACAUUUAAGAGAAGUGGAAAUUGAAAAUCUAGCCGGCACCAUAAAGAAGAACUGGAUUUUACGAGAAAAAUCCAUUGUGUGUACUUCUCUUCCGAGAGUUCCAGUUGGACCAUGGCUGGAAACGCUGAAGAAGAAGAAGAUAAAUAUCUCCGAUCUCGCAACAACCCGCGUAGAAGAUUUGGAUAUUGAAAUCCUAAUUGGUUCCGAUUUGAGGGGGCAAGUGAUGACGGGUAGGAAUAUCGACUUGGGUGGGGACUUGUUUGCGGAGGAGACGAUUUUUGGUUGGGCGUUGGGUGGACCAGUUCCUGUUCCGUGCCACUCUAAUGUCGCCAUUGCUUUGUGCCAUCGACAAUUUAGUUUGCAAGAUUUGUGGUCGUUGGAUACUCUGGGAAUAACAGAUUCCAUUCAAGUGAAGUCAAAAUCUCAAGAAGAUGAAGAAGCCAAGAAGCACUUCAUAGAAAACGUGACGAGGAAGGAAGACGGUCGCUAUUGUGUUGGUUUGCCCUGGAUAAGCGAGAAACCUGACCUUCCCUCAAACCGAACAAUUGCUGAGAAAAGGUUGCAGUCAACAACAAAGAAACUCAAGGAUAAUGUUGCUGUCAAUCAAUAUAGUGAAAUAUUUCGAGGGUGGGAGAAAGAAGGGAUAGUGGAACCUGUCAAUGUCAAGAGUCCAGGAGAAAGUCACUAUUUACCUCACCAUCCCGUGUUCAAGCCGGAGAGCCAAACCACACCCGUCCGUCCUGUGUUUGAUGCAAGCUGUAAGGUAAAGGGACAGCCAUCACUUAAUGAUUGUUUGUAUAAGGGUCCCAAUCUGAUUGAACUGAUCCCUGCUGUUUUGCAUCGUUUUCGACAACGGAAAAUUGGAGUUGUCUCCGACAUAAGAAAAGCGUUCCAGAUGAUCGAGGUGCGUGAAGAAGAUCGAGAUUAUCAGAGAUUCCUGUGGUGGGACGAGAAUAUGGAAACCAUCAAGGAAUUACGUCACGCUCGAGUCGUCUUUGGAGAAACGUGCAGUCCAUUCCUGCUUGGAGGCGUGUUAGAGCUGCACUUAUCACAAGUUGAGGAGUACAUGAAAAUAAUAGCGAAGAAACUCCUUAAAUCAAUGUACGUGGACAAUAGCAUCACUUCGUUUGAUACUACCCAAGAGUAUGAAGACUUCCGUGCCGUGUCAACCAAGAUUUUAGCCGACGCCAAGAUGGAUCUUCGUGAGUGGGAGUGCAGCAAAGUGGAUGUUGUCAAGAAGAAGAAAACUAAUGUUUUGGGACUAGCGUGGGAUCGGUCGGAGGACACAUUGUCAUGUGAAGUACAGCCAGUUGUGAUACAAGGACCGUUGACAAAGAGGAAGAUUCUGUCAGUGGUGGCCGGAGUAUUUGACCCCAUCGGGUUUACAUGCCCUGUGACCCUGGAACCUAAGCUCAUGCUGCAAGAAAUGUGGACAGCAAAGAAGGGGUGGGAUGACGACUUGGAAGAAAAUGAGUCUACAAAAUUCAGAAAAUGGUGUGAGGAGCUCUAUCUCGUGUCGUUUAUCAAGAUCCCAAGACAAAUGCUGUUUAGUCAUGAUCAAAGUGAAAUGCAAUUGCAUUUGUUCACUGAUGCAAGUAAAUAUGCUUACGCCGCAGUAAUCUAUGUGCGGAGUAAGAAAGGACAAGAAGUGAGAAUCAAUCUCGUACAAGCCAAAUCUCGUGUCGCACCGCUUCGAGGUGGAACAAUACCAAGACUGGAGCUAAUGGGUUGCCUUAUUGGAGUUCGUCUGCUGAAGUUGGUGCAAGAGUCGUUGGAUUUCGAGAUCGAGAAAGUCUAUCAUUGGACUGAUUCGUCAACUGCCCUCGCAUGGAUACAACGUAGUGAGGAGUGGGGCACGUUCGUGGCAAAUAGAGUCGCAGAAAUUAGGAAGCUGACAAGUAUUGAAAAUUGGAGGCACGUCCCUGGAGUGAUGAACCCCGCAGAUCUACCUUCCCGUGGUUGUUCGUCGAGUCAUUUGUUGUCGUCGAAAUGGUGGGAGGGGAUGGAGUGGCUUCGUGGUCCAGAGGAUAAAUGGCCAACCACGUCCAGUGUUGUGGACGAAGAUGAGAUCAAGACUGAACGGAAGAAAGACAAGAGAUCAAUUCUUCAAGUUUCACGAGAGAAUGCUUGGUUCCAGUGCAAAUUCUCAUCGUUCAGGAAGAAUGUGAAAGUAAUGGGGUGGAUAAUUCGAUUCAUUACCAAUUGUAAAAAACUCGGCGUUCACCAGAAAGAAGAUCGGCUGAGUCUGCAAGAGAUGAAAAUAGCAGAACAUCGUCUCUUUCAAUGUGUUCAAGAAGAGUGUCUUAUUCCGGAUAUCAGAAAUAUUAACAGGAAGCUGGCAAUUGUCAAGAAUGAUGGUCUACUUUGUGUGAAGACCCGUCUACUCAACAAAGAAGACACAGAUCAUUUCCGUUGUCCAGUAAUUCUGCCAAGCAAGCACCCAAUUGUGAAGAUGAUGGUGAGAGAACUACACCAAAUAUACAGUCACCCUGGAGUGCAGUUCUUAUUAUGCAAAUUGAGAGAACGGUUUUGGAUGUUGGGAGGGAGAAAAUCUAUCAAGUCCAUCAUCCGAGAAUGUCCAAGAUGUCGACGUUACGAUUCGAAGCCGCUGGCAGUUGAACCUGCAAGCCUCCCAGCGAAACGUGUAACUCCUACUGAAGUUUUUGAGACGACUGGAGUCGACCUAGCAGGACCUGUCACUCUGAAAGAUGGAAGUAAAGCAUGGAUUGUGCUAUUUACGUGUGCCGUGUAUCGUUGUGUGUCGUUGGACGUCGUACAGUCAUUAAGUGCGGAAGCGUUUAUGGGAGCCCUGCAAAGAUUUAUCAAUGUGCAUGGUCGCCCCCGCACGAUUUUCAGCGACAAUGGUACAAAUUUUGUGAGAGUGGCGAACCUAAUGAAAACUUUGGAUACCAUGGAACUUGGAGAGAACUUUGAUGUGGAACCAAUAAAGUGGACGUUUAAUCCUCCUGCAGCGCCAUGGUGGGGAGGAUGGUGGGAGCGACUGGUCCGCUCAAUGAAGAAUCAAUUGCGCAGGAUGCUUGGCAAGGCGAAGUUGACCAAUGAGGAGCUACGAACCAGUCUCUCUGCAGUCCAGUCGACAAUCAAUGAUCGACCCUUGACAGUUAUGACGGAAGAUGAUGGGGACCUGAUUCCACUCACCCCAGCCAUGUUCCUACAUCCAACCCGAAGUGCUCAUUUCCCUGAAGGAGAAAUGAUCAACCAACGUGGAUUUGAAAAGUCCUAUCGAAGGAUGAAGUCAGUCCAGAGUCAACUACAGCAAAGAUUCCGAAGUGAAUAUUUAUCCCAACUUGUGCAGAGGGGGCUGGAAAGGAAGAGUCCAGUUCUAAAGGUUGGAGACGUCGUACUCAUUGGAUGCGACAACAAGAAGAGAUAUGAGUGGCCUGUUGGAAAGGUCAUAGAGGUCAUCCCUGGUGGAGAUGGAAUCAUCCGAGUGGCGAAGGUUCAAACCGCACAUGACUACGAGAUGAAGAUUGGAAAGUUUGGUACGUUGCAAGUCACCAAGGUGAAGAAAGGACACGUGUUGACGAGACCCUUUCAACGUCUAUACCCCAUGGAAUUGUCUUCGUCAGAUGAGUUGCCAAUCAGCGAAAGGAUUCAAGAGAUGGACCGUGCUGAUUCGAAACAAGAUGUGAUUGUCAAGACGCGAGCCGGGAGACAAGUAAAGAAGCCGUCGCGUUAUGAUCAUUGGAAUUAUAUGUGUGUAAAUGUAGAUUAA